AUGUCGAACGAAGAGGACGCGCAGCAGGAAUCGGUUGUUUCAAUUGCGCCCACUUCUGAGGCUUCCUUGUCUGAGAGGACAGAUGAGGAACCCUUGGAGCAGGAGCAGCAGACAGUGGCGCCCGCAGAACCGCUGGCGCCUACCGAAACGACAGAAACUCAGUCAGUGGACAUAGAUCAUACACUGCCACAUCCAGAAAUCCCUGCCGCAACGAAUAUCUCGAAUGUGAAGUCCUCGAUUGUUCUCAUAAAAAGCACACUACAAGCGAUAGUAGAUGAAAAGGACAUUAAGAAAUUUCCGAACGUACAGAAAAUAGUUGAAAGGGUCAUUAUUAGACUAGAAUCAUCGGAUUUACAGUCAGUGAAUUCCAUAGCUAUCUUUGAAGCUUUAAGAUCGAGUUGCAGAACAAAGUCUACUAGAAUUCAGUUGAAAUCGUUGGAUUGUUUAUCGAAGCUUUUUUCGUUCAGAGCUUUGGACGAAGCUAUACUGGUGAAUCCGCCAGAUUCGAUGGCUUCAAACGAUCAAAAUCAGGAGGAUUCAACCACAGGCAUCACUCCUCCACCAAAACAAAAAUUAAUUGAUGCGGCAAUUGACACGAUUUCGGAGUGUUUCGAAGGAGAAGGCACCGAUGAAAAGAUCGAACUACAAAUUGUAAGGGCAUUGUCAAGUUGUAUAUUGGUGGAAGAUGCGAAUUCCGUUUGUCACGGAGCUGCUUUACUGAAGGCAAUAAGAACAAUCUAUAACAUUUUCAUCUUUUCAUUGAGUGGAUCCAACCAAGGAAUUGCGCAGGCAACGUUAACUCAGAUCGUUAGUGCUGUUUUUGAUAGAAUAGAUCUGCAAGAAGCUCAAUCAUCACAUCUAAAAAAUCAGCACUCUUCAUUUUCAUCGAUUGAUGUAUCCAGUCCCGCAAGUAUUACGGCCAAUGCAAAUGGUAACAGUACUAAUAGUGCUAGCACUGAAAAUCCGUCUUCUCAGGCUCCCUUAACUUUGAAAAAUAUGGAUGUUUUAAAUGAUGAAGAUGAUAAGUUUGUCGAAGAAAACCAGAAAAAUGGUUCGCCAAUAACAAAGCAAGAGCUGUUCAUCAAAGAUGCAUUCCUUGUUUUCAGAGCAAUGGCAAAAAUUUCAGCCAAGCCACUUGAUACAGAACUAGAUAUGAGAUCUCACGCGGUGAGAUCCAAAUUGCUGUCUUUACAUAUAAUCCACUCAAUCAUAAAAGAUCACAUUGAGGUCUUUUUAUCUCGGUCAACCUUUUUACCUGGUAAAGAACGUCUAACCUUAUUAGAUUCAAUCAGACAGUAUCUUUGUCUCUUAUUAUCAAGAAAUGCAGCUUCAUCUAUAUCUCCCGUUUACGAAAUCACUCUAGAGAUUAUGUGGUUGGUGAUCUCGAAUUUAAGAGCUGAGUUUAAAAGAGAGAUUCCAGUUUUUUUCACAGAGAUCUAUUUCCCUAUAUCUGAUUUGAAAACUUCAACACCUCAUCAAAAAAGAUAUUUUCUAAGUAUUGUCCAAAGACUUUGUAAUGAUCCAAGAACAUUGAUAGAAUUUUAUUUGAACUAUGACUGCAAUCAAGGGAUGCCAAAUAUAAUGGAAAUGAUGGUGGAUUAUUUGACAAGAUUAGCACUUACAAGAGCAGAAAUUACUCAAAGUCAAAGAGCAUAUUACAAAGAGCAAUUGAAUAAGCCCUUGGCCACUUAUAACAUAGGACAGGUUCCACUUUUAUCCGUAUCCAGCAUAUCUAGCAGCGUAGAUACAAACCAAACGGCAUUACCUUUCCCAUUAGAAUUUGCAUUAAAGAUGACUUCUUUAGAUUGUAUCGUAUCCGUUUUGAGAUCCCUCAGUUCAUGGGCUCAUCGAUCUUUAAAUCCCAGCCUGUCGCACAGCAAUAAUAUCAACCGUUCCCGAUCUGGGUCUUCUUUUACCAGAAAUAGAAGAAGCUCUUCCGUUUUCGAGGCAAAUAGUAAUAUGACUAAUGGCUUCAAUGACGAAGUGGGUUCAAUCCAGGAUGAAGAUGAUCCUACUCAGUUUGAGAAUUUAAAACAUCAAAAAACAGAAUUAACGGCUUGUAUAAGGCUCUUCAAUACAAGACCCAAGAAAGCAAUCCCAGAAUUGAUUAAAAAGAACUUUCUCAAAGACGAUUCUCCAGAAUCAAUAGCCAAGUGGCUGAUAGUGACAGAUGGAUUGGAUUUAGCAGCUGUUGGUGAUUACUUGGGUGAAGGUGAUGAAAGGAAUGUCGCAGUCAUGCAUGCAUUUGUUGAUCAAUUUGAUUUCACUCGCUUAUCGAUUGUCGAUGCGUUAAGAAAUUUUUUGCAGAAAUUCAGAUUACCUGGUGAAGGUCAAAAAAUUGACAGAUUUAUGCUAAAAUUCGCAGAAAGGUUCGUUGAUCAGAAUCCUGGAGUCUUUUCUAAAGCUGAUACCGCUUAUGUAUUAUCAUAUUCACUUAUCAUGCUGAAUACUGAUUUGCACUCUUCUCAAAUAAAGAAUAAAAUGACUCUGCAAGAGUUUCUGGAAAAUAAUGCCGGUAUCGAUAAUGGCAAAGACUUACCAGAAGAUUUCAUGGUAGGUUUAUUCAAUGAAAUUGCUAACAAUGAAAUCAAACUUCAAUCUGAGCAGCAUCAAGCUUUGUUAUCUGAUGAUCAAAAUUUGGUUCCCAGUCAAGGAUCUCAAUCCGCUUUUAAUUUCUUUAGUAGCAGAGACAUUGUUAGAGAGGCAUAUAUGCAAGUUUCUAAAGAAAUUUCUUCAAAAACGGAGCUUGUGUUCAAGAAUUUGAACAAAUCACGAAACAAAAGUGACGUAGAUAUUUUCCAUGCAGCUUCUCAUGUUGAGCAUGUCAAAUCCAUCUUUGACACUCUUUGGAUGUCAUUUUUAGCAGCGUUAACACCGCCAUUCAAAGAGUAUGACGAUAUUGAAACUACCAACAAAUGUCUGGAUGGUUUAAAAAUAUCAAUAAAGAUUUCAGCUACUUUUGGUAUUGAAUAUGCAGAAAAAUCAUUCAUUGGUGCAUUAGUGCAGUUUUGUAACUUGCAAAACUUGGAGGAGAUAAAAGUAAAAAAUGUUAACGCUGUCAUAGUGCUAUUGGAAGUUGCACUAUCUGAAGGAAACUUCAUUAGAGACUCUUGGAGAGAUAUUCUCUAUGUCAUUUCGCAGGUGGAAAGAUUACAAUUAAUUUCUAAAGGUAUUGACCGAGACAGUGUCCCAGAUGUUUCUCAGGCCAGACUCGCAAAUCACCGUGUCUCCUUUGAAUCUAGUAGGUCAGCAUCGACCUCCUUCUUCGACAAAUGGACUAAAAGAUCAUCAUUGACCGAAAUUGCACAGGAGAAGUAUUACAAUCAAACGUUGCCCCCUGAAAUCACAAAAUUUAUAUCUUCAAGCGAACUUGUUGUCCUGAUGGAUAACAUAUUCACACAGAGUUCCAAACUUUCUGGUAAUGCUAUCAUUGAUUUCAUUAAGGCAUUAACAGACGUUUCACUAGACGAAAUCGAAUCUUCACAAGAUGCAACUACCCCUAGAAUGUUUUCAUUACAAAAAAUGAUUGAUGUCUGCUAUUACAAUAUGGAUCGUAUAAAGGUCGAAUGGACACCGAUAUGGGCAGUAAUGGGAACAGCAUUUAAUAAGAUUGCUACCAAUUCAAAUUUAGCAGUUGUUUUCUUUGCCAUUGACUCGUUACGUCAGCUUUCGAUGAGAUUUUUAGAUAUUGAAGAAUUAUCUGGAUUUGAAUUCCAGCAUGAUUUCCUGAAACCAUUUGAAUAUAUUGUUCAAAAUAGUGGCAGCAGUGAAGUACAAGAAAUGAUUCUGGAGUGUUUCCGCAAUUUUAUAUUAACGAAAUCAAGUAAGAUUAAAUCUGGUUGGAAACCUAUGUUGGAAUCCCUUCAAUAUACGGCGCAAUCUAAUGUUGAAUCUAUCGUUUACAAGACUUACAGUUUAGCAUCCAAUGAUAUAGUCGCUAGUCAUUUUGAAAGUGUCUUCUCCCAAGAAGGGGCAUUUGGUGAACUUGUUUCAGUUUUCAAAGAAAUUACUAAGAGUAAAGAAUCACAAAAAUUAUCAUUACAUUCGCUGGAGGCAUUGAAAAAAAUAACCCAAAAGAUAGCAGAAAUUUCAUUUGCACAUAAGGAUGAAAAAUCCAAAGAAAAACUAGCCGUUAUGUUACGUGGUAAAGAUAUUUUCCAAGAUAUCUGGUUUCCAAUGCUAUUCUGUUUCAACGAUACCAUAAUGACCGCUGAUGAUCUGGAAGUCAGGUCAAGAGCAUUGAAUUAUAUGUUUGAUGCAUUAGUGGCCUACGGAGGUGAAUUUGAUGACGAGUUCUGGAGUAAAAUCUGCACAAAAUUACUAUUUCCAAUAUUUGGAGUAUUAUCGAAGCAUUGGGAAGUCAAUCAGUUCAACAGUCAUGAUGAUUUAACUGUAUGGCUGUCAACAACUUUGAUCCAAGCUUUGAGAAAUCUGAUUGCGUUGUUUACACACUAUUUUGAAUCAUUAAAUUCCAUGUUAGAUGGAUUUUUAGGUUUGCUCGUAUCAUGCAUAUGCCAAGAAAACGAUACAAUCGCCAGAAUAGGUAGAUCAUGUUUGCAGCAACUAAUUUUACAAAAUGUCACCAAAUUCAAUGCCACACAUUGGAAAGAUAUUGGUGAUGUGUUUGAAAAGUUAUUCGACCUAACAACCGCUACAGAAUUGUUUGAAUAUGAUCCAUUGCAUAAAGGUAGAAAAACUUCAGUGUCUCAAGAGCCAAUAGCUGAUAACGCAACAGCUCCGGACGGACUAAAUCUUGAGGAAACCGUCCAGCGAGCACAUGAAGAAGAAAGCAGUGAAGAUGUUGGUAAUCAAAUGUCAGCAGAGAACGAAGAAGGGACAACAACAAAUGGCAAACAACAACAGCAGCAACAGCACCUGCAGCACCUGAACCCCAACAUGAAUACAAAAGCCCGUCCCCAAGGAAGUCACAGCGUAAUCAGCAGCAACGGCAACAGCAGGUCUGCAAAGCGAUUGGCUCAAACCAAAAGUUCCGAAGAUCUACGUCGCAGAAUAACAGUUAAAAACUCUAUUGUUGUCAAGUGUGUGCUACAUCUGCUAAUGAUUGAGCUACUGAGUGAGCUAUUCGAAAACGAAGAAUUCGCCAGAUCAAUUCCUUACACCCAAUCAAUCGAAAUCACUGAUCUGUUAGAAAAGUCUUACGAGUUUGCCCGCGAUUUCAACGAAGAUUACCAACUCAGAACUAGAUUAGUUGAAGCACGCGUGGUGGAUAAAAUCCCGAAUCUCCUGAAACAGGAGACCAGCGCAGCCGCGGUUCUGAUCAAUGUGCUCUUUAAACUCUAUCUAAAUGACGAAGAGAAGAAAGCAGAACUGGGUGAGAGGCUAACCAGAGUCUGUCACAGCGUCGUGCUCGGCUACGUCGCUCUCGACGACAGAACAAUGGAACGAAGUAUAAACUCAUGGCGCCCCGUCAUCGUGGAAAUCUUGCAAGGCUAUUACGAGUUUGACGACGAAGACUUCAAAAAGUACUGCUCCCUGAUGUACAACCUGGUACUACAGAUACUCGACAAAAGUGUUCCUACAGAGCUGAGACACGCAAUAAAGAUCUUUUUAUCACGUGUUGGGGAACUCUAUUUUGUCCCAUCGUAA